AUGUCUACCCCUACCCCCACCACCCCAGUACCUACCACUCUCUUUCUGGACUCGACCUGUACUUUUCUCCUUGGUUUUUCAUCUUCAAUUUCGCUACAUGCAAAGCAUUUCGCAAAAAUUUUACUUGCUUCUAGCAGAACUCUUUUUAUCCAUUUAUUCCGGGACUUCACUUCUUUCUUUCUGAAGUUCGACCUUUCCUGUUUUUCGGCCUUCACUUCAUUUUUCCUUCAGGUCGAAAAUAUUUGCUUCGUUUAUAUUUUUUCUUCUAAUCUGACCUUUAUUCCUUCUUUCAUUCAAACCUUUCUUUCAAUUCCUCAAAACUCCUCACAUUUUUUCGUAUUUUCCUUUCUUCCAUGUCGCCUUUAUUUUUUAUUUCUUUUUUCCUUUCUUUUUCUUUCUUUCUUUAUUCUUUCUUUCUUUUUUUACUUAUACUUUCUUUCUUUCUUCUCUUUAAAAUACUUGUUGCUCUUCUAUUUCACUUGUAUGACUACUUUCUUCUUUCUUUCUUUCUUUCUUUCUUUCUUUCUUUCUUCCUUCCUCCUUUAUUCCUUUAUUUUUUCUUUCUUUCUUUCUUUCUUUCUUGUCUUUCAUUCUUUCCUGUCUUCUUUAUUUCUUUCUUCCUUCCUUUCUUUUUUGUCUUUCUUUCAAUCCUUUCUUUCUUUCUUUUUUGUCUUUCUUUCAAUCUUCCUUUAUUUCUUUCCUACUUUCCUUCCUUCUUUCUUUCUUUUUUCUUUCUUUUUUCUGUCUUUCUUUCUUCCUUUCCGUUCUUUCUUUCAUUCUUUCGUUCUUCCUCUCUUCCUUUCUUUCUUUCUUCCUUCGUUCCUUUCCUUUUUAAAUUCUUUUCUUUCUUCUUUUCUUUCUUUCCUUGCUGCCUUUCUUUCUUCAUUCCCACGUCCUUUUCCAAUGACCGAUAGAUUUUCUUUAAAGGCCUCUUUCAGAGAGUCGUGCAAACCUUCCAUCCUCAAAACUAUUUCCUUUUCUCCCUGGCUGACAGAAAUUCAUCACGUUCGCUGGCUGACAUAUUUAUUGAUCAUUUGGGACUAUCUAUCUAUCUAUCUAUCUAUCUAUCUAUCUAUCUAUCUAUCUAUCUAUCCGCGUCUGUAG